AUGUAAUAUAAUAGAUUAGGAAAUACAGGAUUGCUUGUAUCUUGUUUGGGGUUUGGGAACAUGAUUAACUUCUAGCCAGAGGACGAAGAAGUGAAUAUAGCAAUAAUCAAAAGGGCGUUUGAGGCUGGGAUCAACUUUUUUGAUACUGCAGAAUUGUAUGAGUUGUGAUGAGUAUGAUAGCUAUCAACAUGGCGAAGCAGAGAGGUAGUUAGGUAGAUCAAUAAAAAAGCUGAAUUUACCAAGGGAGAGAUUGGUGAUCACAACAAAGGUGUUCAUUAAUCAGACACCAGGAGGUAAUUGAUGAGUUAGGAAUUGUUUAGGAUUGAAUGUUAAUAGAAUGUGCACUUUGAACAGGAAACAUGUUAUUGAAGCAGUGAAUACAAGUUUACAAAAUUUGUAAUUGGAUUAUGUGGAUGUUGUAUUUGCACAUUAAUUUGAUACAGACACACCAACAGAUGAGAUUGUUAGGGGAUUUAAUCAAUUGAUAGAAGAUGGCAAGGCUUUCUAUUGGGCAACAAGCAAUUGGAAUUCAGCUUAGAUUUAGGAAGCAAUUAAUUAUGCUGAUUUACACGGACUUAUAAGACCAAUAGCAGAAUAAGGAGAAUAUCAUAUGUUACAGAGGAAACAAUUUGAAUUUGAUUUGGUAGGUUUGUAUGAGAGAUACAAUUAUGGUACAACUAUUUACAGUCCUCUGUGUGGGGGAUUCUUGACAGGAAAAUACUUGGAUGGAAUACCAGAGGAUAGUAGAUGUGCUAAGGAUAAUGGAUGGAUGACUAAGGAGAGAGCUUAGAACAGGUGGUUAUUGAAAUAUAGUAAGGAUAAAUAUAAUGAAUAGUCAAGAAUCCUAAGAAUGUGGAAGGAGUCAAGAAGAUAGUGGAGUUGGCUAAGGAGUUGAAUGUGACACCAGCCCAAUUGGUGCUGGCUUGGACAAUGAGAAAUAAGGACAUCAAUGUGGCCAUAACAGGUGCACGAACAGUAGCACAAUUGGAGGAGUCUUUGGGGAGUGUUGAGUUGUUGAAGAGAUUUGACGAGAAAUUAGAUGAGAGAUUGGAGUUGAUUUUUGAGAACACUCCGAAAUAGGACUUGAAUUAUAGAACUUUUUAAUAAAAUAGAAGGAGAAGAUGAGAGAUGAU